GGAUGUGAUGUGCGUUGGUCGACGUGACGCUACUUGGAAAUCCCAAAGUUCCCAAGUUCAGAGGAGGAGAGAAUCGCAGCGCAUGCUUAAAAAACAAAACAAAACAGAAGGUUUUGAAGGGGAAACGCCGAGCGACUGAGGUGUGAGCAAGCAGGGAUUUAUAAAGCUCAAUCUGUCCGGUGCUGUGCCAAGUUGAGCCUGACGAGGGCGAUGUCUGACAGCAGCAACAGCACAGGCAGCAGCGGCUCCUCCACCAACAGCUGGACCCUCCUCUCCCCCGAGGAAGCUGCCAUUGAGAAUGUCGGGCCCGUGGACGAUGGCACUGAGAGCCUGGGCGAUGUCCCCAGCCUCUCUGAGGAGGUGGCAGGAGCUGCUGCGGAGUUCAAACCAGGUGGCAUUCCCGUAGAAACUGUACUAUCAGAAGAAGGCCAUGAGGUGUGUCAGGAGACCUCACCAGAGUCCAGUGAGGGUCCCAUUCCUUCUAGUCCAUCCCGGAUGAGCCCUCUUCAACCCAGCCUUCUUGACCCACCAGACCUCGACCUGGAGAGCCAACCUCCAGUCAUCCAUGAUAUUGUAACCAGCUCUCCCAGUGACAAUGAGCACCUAGGUGCCAUGCCAUUUGUUACCAAUAUUGAUAUAGCGGCUCAGUUAGAUAUGCCAGCUGUUGAAAUCCCCCCAGUUGAAUCCGAGGAGUCCUGCUCUGCACCUCUAAUGACUGAGAUCCCCAUCUCUGCAGAGCUUGCGCUCGAGAAGCCUGCUGAUGCUGGACUGAUUCCUGCGAAUCCUGCUGGGGAGAGUCAUGUCUUUAGCGCUGAACCUGAGGUUAACAUCUCCACCGAGACCCUUACAGCCACUGAUCCCCCGUCUCAUGUUGAAGCUGAUAUCAGCUUUGUUCCAGACAGUACAGAGCCACAAAGCCCAGUCCCUGAGAGCCUGGUGACUGAACAUCCUACUGAUGAAAGUACUGCACCAGAGACCGUUGGUUCAACUGAGGCAGACAAGGAGGCCGCUGUUAGAAAUAAGCCAUUAAAGCCAUCAGAGCCAGUGAGCCAAGAUGAGAGAGAAGAUGAAGAAGAGCCUUCCAUUAAGUAUGACUUGGGUGACACAGGCAGCUUUGAUGAUGGACUGCGGCGGAGAAAUGUGCCCCCCUUUGAGGCACCAAGACCGAGAACAUCAGAUGAGGAGGAGGAGGAGGAAGAGGAAGUAGAAUUCAAGCUGGCUGAAAAGAAGGAGGAAAAGCCAUGGUUCUCCUUGAACAAAUGCAUUGUGGGUGCUCUGGUCCUGCUCUUUCUAGGUUCCCUCUUUCUCUCAGGUGACUUUGAUGCCUCUGAUCUGAGUGAUCGAGAACAAAGCCAGGACGGGCUUAGCGGUGAUCCACAGGAUAUGAAAGAGCUAUUGGAUAAACUGACACAGGAAAACCAACAAAUCAUUCAGCUAGAGGCUCAACUACAGUCUAAAAAAGAAGAACUUGACUCUGCACUGAAGGCAAUAGCUGCAAGUAGUGAUGAAAAGGGUAAAGCAGAUCUGGAAAAAGAAAAUGCAAAGCUGAAGGAGGAGCUGUCGUCUCUGCCAGAGCUGAAGAAAGAGCUCGAGAGUCUCAGGGCCAGAGUGACUGAACUCAGCCAACUCGCAGCUGAUGAGGAAAUGCUUCCAGCUGCUUCUAGUUCAGCCCCUCAGCCUGAAGACAGGGAUGAUCAGAGUAACCAGAAAACACCUGGACCAGAGAGGAGGAAGGACACAAAGGAGGGAGGAAGGCUCAAGGAAGAGCUUCAGCGGCAGAAGGUUCUCUUGGAGGAGAGCAAGAAAAGGCUGGAAGGGAUGAAAAAUGAUGGAGGCGGGAGAAAACAAGUCAGGGAUCACUUAGAGGAGAUCCAAAGGAAACUCUCCAAACAAGUUGAGAUGUGGGGGAAGAAGAAGCCACAGAAGUCCAAAUGGAAAGGGAACAAAGGCAAAAACAGUCAAUGGGACCACUACAAAAAAGAGGAGAGGAGAGGAGAAAAAGAGUGGAAGCACAACAAAGAGAGAGAAUGGAGGCACAAAGACGAGAGGGAGCGAAGAAGGGAAAAAGAGUGGAAAGACAGCAAAGAGGGAGAGUGGAGGGACAAAGAGGAGAAGGAGCAAAGAGGAGAAAAAGAGUGGACAGAUAAGAGGGAGGAAGAAUGGAGGCACAAAGACGAGAGGGAGCGAAGAGGGGAAAAAGAGCGGAAAGACAGCAAAGAGGGAGAGUGGAGGGACAAAGAGGAGAAGGAGCAAAGAGGAGAAAAAGAGUGGACAGAUAAGAGGGAGGAAGAAUGGAGGCACAAAGACGAGAGGGAGCGAAGAGGGGAAAAAGAGCGGAAAGACAGCAAAGAGGGAGAGUGGAGGGACAAAGAGGAGAAGAAGGACAAAGAGUGGAAGUCUCAGAAGCAGAACUCUCAUAAAGAAGCGUGGCGGAAACACCAGGAUGAGUGGGAGAGCAAGAAGGGCGAGAGGAGAAUGGACAGAGAGGAAAGGAGGAAGGAGAAACCCUGGCACAGCCGGUCUGCUAAAAACCACCAACACCAACAUCACCAUCAGCAGCCCCGGCAGCCUCAUCAGCAACGCAACAGCGACUUCUGGAGAGACCAGGAGCAAAAGCUCCAACACAAUGUUCGUCCCCAGCUGGGCUGCACCUCUGUGGAGGCCUGCGCCAGCAAGGAGGGACUCUAUCCAGUGGAGCUGUCUGAGUUUGAGGAACUUCUCGAGGGCUACCUGAGCAAGCUUGAAAAGUCAUCAUCAGAGAGCAAGGACAGGAUCAGGAGGCUGACCGCCGAUUACUUUGAGGACGGCGUGUUUAUCCACGACAGGGUUCUUUUCAGCGACUUUGCUGAAGAUGUGGCGGACAUUUUGGAAGACAUGGUGGAUGUUUUAGAGGGCGACGGGCAGGAGGACGACGACUCCCUGGAGGAGGAAAUGGAGGAGUUUGAACGAGAAGCCCUGUGGAAGUUUGCUGCCACGGCCUAAAAACAAAUGCAGAGAGGAAAGAAGAUGGAGCGCAAGUGGUGGUUUUAUAGGACAUUUCUUGCCUACCUUCUCUUCAGAGCUGUAAUAGUAGUAGCUUCUGGUACAGAGUGGUUGUGCCUCUCAUAAACGUGUCCCUCUGAGUCUGUAAUUAUAAGCUAGACUUGUAUUCGUCAUCUUGGACUUAGUCGCUGUUACCUACCUCUGUCGAGUCAUGCCUCCAGUAAUGUGUUGUGUGAAUUUCCUCUGCUGUUUAGUGCUUUACAUACACGUAGUGCAUGUUACAGUUCAUAAUAAUGUCAGUUUAAACUGAUCACACAGAUCACAGAAGAUGGUAUUUGCAAAUAACCAUCAGUAUAGCUUAUAUACUGUUAUAUAAGUUGUCAAUAGAAAAAAAAAAAAGGAUGUUAUGUCAUUUGAUCCUGUGUGGGAAGCCGACCAAUCUCCACUCCAAGCAGGUUAAAACAAAUACUGAGACAGUUUUGCAGAUGCCAUUUACCCCUGCUCGGGUGUAACUGUCCAGUCCCAGAGGAUGAGAUCCCAGUCCUUUCAGUGAUAAGAAUCAAAUAAGGUCAGACCAGUUUUCUGUCAGCAGAUCUUUAUUUGGCCAAACGCACACAGAGGAGAGCCUGAGAGCGUUUGAAGGGCUUUUCAUCCUCUGAAUUCAAACUGUCGUCUGACAGCAGUCGUGUGGAACAACCAGGAACCAGUUGGUGCUGCUCCAAAAAAAAAAAAAAAAGCAAUAGGCUGAAGUGAUAGCCAUAGUUAAGUUGAAGAUUGCUAAACCACUUUAGCGCUUUUCUCAAGCAUUUGAGAAACAGCUUCUCUCACUUUUCAUUUCCAAUUAGAUUUAUUUUAAACAGUAUAUUUUCUUUAGUGAUGUAUCCAUGGGGACCUCUAGCACAUGAUCUACUCUUACUCAGUGUCCCACAGCAAUCUGAGUAAAACUAGAGAGGUUAGUGACCUACUAGAUUAACUAAAUGAAGUAGUUUCAUUUAGUUAAUCUGUUAAUUUGCCAAAAUAAGAUUGGCAACCUUCUUCUUUUUUCACACAUAGAUAUAAAGUGGCAUGCAUGACAGUGAGCUAGACAUAGCUUUGUUGUUUUUAGGUCAUAUAAAGAAGCAAGAAAUAUGCUGCAUUUCAUUUUAAUUUAUUUUAUUUUUAGUUUAGGAAGGUGAAACAGCACAAGCAAAGUCCAAAAUGUACUUCAGAAUUACUUUAAAAUGGAGAAAAAAUAUAUAUAUUUCCCUUUUUUUGAUUGUAGUGAAAUUUGACUUUUCCCUCUUGAUGUGGAUGUAAAGCUGAACUGAUUGUGAUUGUUUGCUCUCAUCAGUGAUUUCAUGUUUAUUUAUUGUCUCACUACACUGCAUCUCUUUUCCUUACUUUCAACCAGAAGAACCACAGACUUUGUCCCAGGCCUUGUGCAUUGAAUGUGAAUAUGGUUUUCAUUUAUUUAGCUUGCCAGCUCCUGCUUAUGUGCCUUUAAUAUAUUGCAAAUAAUUUUGAUUAGACAAGAGGUGUCUGAUUUUAUUUGCUUCUGCAAAGAUUAAGAAGAAAAACAAGUUUUUGAUACUUGUUAUUUUACUGCUGUUUGAAUGAAUGUUAUAGAGUUUACACAUAAGAUGUUGAAUUGAUUUUCUUUUUGUCGAAGGAGAACUUUUUUUCUGAAGGUUUCCAGACCAAAGGAUAUAAAAGAAAGCUAAUCACAACAGAUGAAUAUUUUAAUGAAAGCAGAGUUUAAUCAAUAUUUGAGAAGUAUUUUUUGUCUUUGUGGGACAAGAGUAGGGCUGUAUGCUUAUUGAUAAUGCAGGACCUGGCUCACAUGUGGAUGUAAUUGAUCCCUGGACAAUUUCUAUUUUGUUUUGUUUUUUUCCCCCCAUCAUCAGUUAUGUCCUCUUCUAGGAAGUCAGUAUUAAGUUCAAUAAAUCUCUCACACUGAUAUUCACAAA